GUUUGUUGGGACAACAAUUAUACUCACCCAACAUACCACCGAGGACAGGGCCUCGUGCGCGCGCGAACACAACUACGUGUCAUCGAGUGUCCUCCGUGCCGGCCCGACGGACGUCGUGCAUUGUUUCGCAUAAGGAGAACGCAGUGCACGUAUAGGGAAUAAAUAUUAUUCGUGAAGGUCGAUCGUUAGUUUUUGGAAUUUCUCACUGAAACUAAGGUGAACUGUAUGAUAAGAGGCGUGUGAGGACACGAGGAUAGGAUCCCAGUGUUGCUAGGCAAAUUUUGUGAAUCGUUGUGUGUAAUAUUAAGGAAUAAGGACAAAGAGAAAAAGAUAGGGAUAACGACAGAGAUAGAGAUAGAGAAAGGGAGAAAGAGAAUCAAUCGAAAAGAACAGAGUGAAGGUGUCGCGUGAUCGAGAUUCUUCGAGGAAGAUCCUUCAGCGUUACCGUGAUUCAGUGAGACGUGAGGAUUAAAGUGAAGGAAGUACGGGCGGAUAUAAGAUUAAGGGGUCACCGGAUUAUCAGCAGUCGUGGUACCGUGGCUUUCAUGAUUCCCGCUUGACGUCCCGACAGCAGCCCACCCCGGCACCGGUGAGCUCUAUGACCAUGCUCCAGUCGCAAAAGCUGUACACCGAGGCUGGUAGUCUCGGUGGUGCCAUGACCAGCGCCGCGAUGUCCAGCAUGGGCAGCAUGGCACCCACGUACAGCUCGAUAAAUUCGAUGGGCUGCGUGUCUAUGGGGAUGUCGAUGGGCGUUGGAGUUGGGCCGAGUUGCAGUCCUCAGGGGGCCGGUGGAUUCAAUAUGAGCACGAUGAGCUCGGCAAUGGGGAUGGCUUCGAUGGGUGGUGGUGGCAUGGGUGGUUAUGGAGGUACAUCGAUGGGCGGUGGUGGCGCCUGCAUGAGCGCCGUGGGUUAUGGCCCGUUAACGCCAGGCGGUGGUACCGCCGUAACCAGAGAUCCUUUGUCGUUAACCGAACCAGACUCUCCAAAUUCUGCCCUUCAACGUGCACGCACCGACAAAUCUUAUCGUCGAAGUUACACGCACGCAAAACCGCCUUACUCCUACAUUAGUUUGAUCACCAUGGCGAUACAAAACGCGCCAACCAAAAUGCUUACACUCUCGGAGAUUUACCAAUUUAUCAUGGAUCUAUUCCCGUUUUAUCGGCAGAACCAACAACGAUGGCAAAACUCAAUAAGACAUUCGCUAAGUUUCAACGAUUGCUUCGUUAAAGUACCGCGAACACCCGACAAGCCGGGUAAAGGCUCCUUUUGGACGCUGCACCCGGAAAGCGGUAACAUGUUCGAAAACGGUUGUUAUUUGCGCCGUCAAAAGAGGUUCAAAGACGAAAAGAAGGAAUUGACGAGGCAGAACAACAAACAUCAACAGCACCAACAGCAUCACUCGGGUGCUGCGGCCGCGGCUGCCGCCGCCGCUGCUGCUGCAGCCGCCGCCGCCGCUGGUCAUAAUAGUCCAAAUUCUCACGAUCUCGGUCACGGCGGUAAGAAGACACCCUCGUCCCUGCAUCAUGCUCCUCAGCAACAGGACGACAAAGACCUUCACUCUUUGGUCUCGACUCAUCAUCACCAUCACUCGGCCGGACUUCAUCAGCAUCAUGCUGCUCUGAAAAGUGAUACCACCGAUAUCGGUGGAUUGUUAGGACCAGAUCUCGGUACGGCACACGACGAACUAACCGCCAUGGUCAGUCGUACUCUUCAUCCUCACUUGCUAUCCGAUCCGGCGGCUCUUCAUCACGGCAUGGCAGGGAGCCUAAAACAGGAGCCACCAUAUACGGCUGCCAGUCAUCCAUUUAGCAUCACCAGGUUAUUACCAGGCGCAACGGCAGGUACAUCGCCUGGUGCCCAGGAUACGAAGCCGCCUGAGAUGAAAAUGUACGAACAGCUUCAUCAGAGUUACGCGAAUUUCGGCUCGCCUCAUCACCCUCACGCACAUUCCGCGCCGCCAAGUCAUCAUCAUCACAACGGAAUGCACGCUGGCUCGAAUACCGCCGGAGGACCCAUGCACAAUAUGAGCAAUCACCAUCAUCAAGAAUAUUACCAGAGUCCUUUGUACCAUCACGCGACCAGCGUGGCUACCAGCAGUGCGCCUCCUCCUCCGUCGGUCGCCACAGCGGCUCCAGGAUUGUGACAUCACGCUACUCACCCCUACGCCUUGGCCUGAGUCGCUGCCGUUGCGGCCUAUGCCGCUUCCGCCGCUUCCGUUGCCGGUGUUACCGUCGCAAAUUCGAGUCAUCAUCUUACGACGACGAUCGACGACGUUCUUCCUUCACCGCCACCGCCGCCGCCACCUCCACCACCGCCGCCGCCACCACCGCCACCGCCACCGCCACCGCCGCCACCACCGCCUCCUCCACCACCAUCUCAGUCGUCCGCGUCUUCCUCUUCGUCCUCCUCUUCGGCUUCUCUCGUUCAACACCAACAUCAUCAUCAACAACAUUAUCAACAACAACAACAACAACAACAUCAACAUCAGCAACGCCGUCGACGUCGUUCCGACGAAACCUCUUCUUGGCAGGUCGUCGACGACGACGAGUACGACGAAUACGAGGAAGACGAAGAGGACGACGAGGAGGAAAGUAUUGCAUGAAAAGGAGACUCCGAUUCCAUCCAAGGUACGGUCAACCGGUAUUCGCCUUUUCAACUGGCACGAACGAAGAUCUCCGGACGUACAUAUGAACUCUGCUCGAUUUAAUAAUCUCGAAACCCCUUUUCUAUCGAAAAUCAGUUCUUUUUUUCUCUUCUUCUUUUUUUUGAGUUUUUUCUUCUUUGUUUUUCGUUUUCUUUUCUUUUCUUUCUCGUUCGACGAUGGGUAAUGAGCUUGAAAAACACAUCGUUCGGCUGAAAUGUGUCGCGUAGAUCACGUAGGGUCUCCUCCCUCCACCACCUCCUUUUAUUCUUCUUUCUCCUUCAUUAUAAUUUUCCCUGUCCUUGCGAAAAAGUGGAUAAGCCGUGGACUUUGAAAUUGUCUCGAGAGCUUCCUUCCCGUUUCACAUCUUCUCACCGAAAACAGAAAGAUGACUCGAAGCCGUCCUCGUUCGAGUCGCGACGCGUGGGGUGUGUGAUUGUUGUUGGUGGUGGUAGUAGUGGUAGUGGUGCUGCUGCUGCUGCUGCUGUUGUGGAAUUUUAAAGGCAUAAUUAAUUAACAUGGGUGCGUACGUCUAAUCGAUAAAUGUAUACAUUGCAAAUUGCAAUUAAAUGACGAAAAAAAAAAACGAUGCGAAAGUGUCUCUCCGAUAUGCGACCGAUUAGCUUCGAACAUCGAUAUUCGAUAGAUUAUCUAUACAUAUAUCUCUGUAUUAGCCGCGCGUAAACGUGAAAACGUUAUUUAUGUUUUCACUCUUUGGAUAUUAUUGCGAGGACAAUAUUUUCGAUUCUAUAUUUACACGCGAGACGACGGCGAAAUAUGCUUUGACGCGAGCCUAAUAAUGAAUUUUAGCGGUUAGUCGAACGAAGAGAAGAGUAAUGAUAAUUUCAAACAAAAAAAAAAGGGAAAAAAUAAUAAAAAAGAGGCAAAAAGCGGAAGAAGGAACAAAAAAUAAAAUGAGAAAGAAGACGAAGCCAAAGUUGAAGUCGAAGAUGAAGGCGAAGACGAAGACGAAGACGAAAGAGAAGAAAAAAAGAAAAAGAAGGAAAACGUUGUUGCCACUGCGAUUACAUUUAACCAAUAUGCAGACGAUGCUUUAUAGUUUUUGCGAUAGUUUUAUUUCGCGCACAAUCGUUCCUCGAGCCUCCGUCCACGAUCCUGUACUUACUUACGUAGCAUGGAGUGGUAUACAACGAUUCUCUGAUAGGCGCUAGAAUUAAAUAAAUAAAAAAAAAAAACAGAAAAAAUAAAUAAAAAAAGAAAAGAAAAGAAAAAAAAAGGAAAAAAAAAGAAGCGUAGUAUCGUAGUGUGCUUUACUUUACAAACGAUCGAAUUAAUCGAUCGCGAUUCGUCUUCUUCGGCUCAUUUGUGAGACUCCUGCUUCCUUUUAAAAAUCGGAUUAAAUCUUUGACAUAGUUUAUUCUCUCUCUAUUUACAAUUAAUUUAUCUCGAUUUUCAAAUCACGAUUUGUCGAUGUGUCAACGUAUGCGAUAAUGUAGAAAUGCGCCACGUUGAGCAUACGACACGUACACUUUAUUGUUAGUAACAAAUCUUUUCGUUGAUGUAACGUUCGAACGAGAUGCGAUGUUCGAGAGUAUCGAUUUACGAUUGCUAUUAUCAAGCGACAGCAGCAGGUCUUUCGAAAUUAUUUUGAAAUCAGUCAUUUUACAUACACAUGCAUGGGUAUAUAUACAAUACACACAUACAUACAUACAUACAUACAUAUGUAUUAUCGUUGUUGUGUAGAAAAGCACGCUCGCUUGUUUUCGGUCGUUGAUCUCGAUUUCGCGCGCAUCAUACUUAUCGCCAUCGGUCUCUACUACUACUACUACUGUUACUACUACUACUACUACUACUACUACUACUGUUACUACUACUACUACUACUGUUACUACUACUACUACUACUACUACUACUACUGCAACUAUUACUACUACUUCUAUUUCUAUUUCUACUACUACUGCAUAUUUUCAAUGUAUCGUGGAUGAUCGUACGGUAUACGUUAAAUCAACGGUUAUUGCUAUCGCUACGAGCGAUCAUUAAAUAGAAAUCAAUGGCGAUAAGAAGAAAAGGAAGAAGAAUAAUUUCGCUCGGGUUCAUUCGCACGAGGAUGGAUGCAUCUUCGAAACGAGUCAACGUACAUAAAUAGCUGUCGUAGAUAUCUCUCGAAGAGGCAUUAUCGUCGUAAAGAAAAUAAUAGAAAAGAAAUAUAAUGAAAUGAAAAGAAAUUAAAGGAAAUUAAAAGAAAAUAGAAGGAAAGAAAAUGAACGCGAGACGAUUUUAACGCGAGCAAUGUUACACACCUACAUAUGUAUGUAUAACAUUUUGGUGAGUUUAUCGAUCAUUACAUAAUCGUUCGGCCGUCGUUCAGAAGCCGUUAUCUUUUUAAGCGUGCUGGUAGACGUUAUAAAACGUACACGUUGGUACAACGAGAUCGUGAAUAUACGGUGUGUAUCGUCCAUACCAAAUAUAUAUUAUAAAUCAAAAUCGGUCGGAGACACGAAGCAACGGUAAAAUUAAUUGAUAGAAAUAAAAAAAAAAAAGAAAACGAAACGAAACGAAACGAAACGAAACUAAAAAGGAAAGAAAAGAAGAAGCGUAUAAUUAUGAUAGAAUAGAUCGGAGAGAAUAGUUCGAGCUGCGGUGCUGUUAAAUAAUGACGAAGAAAAGUAGGGGGUUGGCGGUGAUGCCGGCACAGAGCGACAAAAAUGUGAUAAUCCGUGAAAAUAAAUAUAAAUUAGCGAACGUAUACUCGCGAUGGACGUACAUGUAAGUACGUCCGCUUGUGCGUCAUCACUCACGCGCACGUGUCCCAAAAAUUUGAAAAAGAUAAAAAAAGAAAAAAAGAAAAAAUGAAAAA